GAUAAAGGAAGGAGGAGGGAGCACUCACCCUGGGAGGGAUCCGGAAAACCUUCCGUAGGAGGGAACCCCGGAGCCGAGCCUUGAAGGAAGAAGCUAGGAGGUGUAAGAGUCCGGGCUCGUUGCCACGGCAAACAACUGGUUAAUCCCAGUUUAAAUUAGGAACACUCUGUGGAAGGAACUUUAUGUGAAACAAAAAAAAUGCCCCUUUCCACACAAACUGAAGAUGGGAAUGAUCAAUAUAUCUUAGUUGCCAGUCUUGACAAUAUAAGGAAUCUCUCAAACAUAUUAAAAGCUAUUCAUUUCAGAGACCACGCAACCUGUUUUGCAACAACAAAUGGAAUCAAGGUUACAGUGGAAAAUGCAAAAUGUCUGCAAGCAAAUGCAUUCAUUCAGGCUGGAAUAUUUCAAGAGUUUAUUGUUCAGGAAGAAUCUGUAACAUUUCGAAUCAAUUUGACAGUUCUUCUAUACUGCUUGACUAUUUUUGGUUCAACUCCUUUGUCAGGAACUUCAACUGCACUUAGGAUGUGUUACCAAGGUUAUAGGUACCCUUUGAUACUCUUCCUAGAAGAAGGUGGAGUUGUGACAGCAUGCAAAAUCAAUACCCAAGAGCCUGAAGAUACUCUGGAUUUUGAUUUCUGUAGCACAAAUGUUAUUAAUAAGAUUAUUCUUCAGUCAGAAGGCCUUCGUGAAGCAAUUGCUGAGUUAGAUAUGACCAGUGAGGUCCAACAGAUUACCACGUCACCAGAAAAACCUUAUUUCAGGCUAUCCACUUUUGGAAAUUCAGGAAGCUCACACCUUGACUAUCCCAAAGAUUCUGAUUUGAUGGAAGCAUUUCAUUGUAAUCAGACCCAAACUAACAGAUACAAGAUUUCUUUGCUGAAACCAUCCCCAAAGGCUUUAGCCCUAUCUUGUAAAGUGUCUAGCACUGAUAACUGGGGAUUCCUUUCUUUACAGUAUAUGAUUAAGAAUGAAGAUGGACAAUGUUUUGUGGAAUAUUACUGUUGCCCUGAUGAGGAUGUUAGUGAUUCAGAGCCCUGA